UUUGCACUUGUUGUUUUCUAAAAGGCUGUGUUAUAUGUUGCAAACGGGUACUUUGUCUUAUCAAGAAUUCGAAAAUGAGCUAUUGGACUUCAUUGAAAGAGCAAAGAAUAUCCAGGAUUCAUGGAAUUUAGAAUUUCCAAAGGUACGGUCGCUACGUACGGUCGCUGUAUAGCUCAGGGGCUUAUACAGUGUUAUAUGCCCAGCUAAUUAAAUGUGUAAGGAAGGGUGCAGAUGUGAACGCUUUGUACAAGGUAGGGGUCAGGUGGAAUGGAAGAUUACAGAGCACUUGUAAGCGGUGAAAAAUGAAGGAGGAUUGCUACUCAGGACAGCAGAGGAGGAGAUUUAUAGUUGGAUGGAACACUUUGUUCGUGUAUUAAACCACUAGGAACCACCACAGGAAAAAAUAACGGAUUCCCAUUUUUGGAUAUUUUAGGGUAUUUAAAGAAUACCCAUAAAAAUCCCAAAUUUGGCAAAGUGAGACAAGUCCCAACCAGGGAAUUCCCAACCAAGUUCCCUGAUUGGGACUUGUCUCACUCUUCCAAAUUUGGGAUUUUUGUGGGUAUUCUUUAAAUUCCCUAAAAUAUCCAAAAAUGGGAAUCUGUUAUUUUUUCCUGUGCACCCAACCCAUCGAAGGUUAAGGCAAUAAUCUGAACAUCAGGGCAGGUUUCAUUGCACUUGCUGAGAUCAAACAAGAAUGCUAUAAAGAAGCUGCAGGCUGUAAUAUUAACUACUAGAGGCGAUUAAGGCUGGUAGUAAGGUUUCACAGGUAAGGGUCUGAUGGACCUUUGUAACAAGAUGUGGGACAAGAAGGAGGUGCGAGAGGAGUAGAAGAAGGGUCUGUUAAUCAGGAUUCCAAGGAAUGGUGACCUGAGCCACUAGAAAAACUGGCAUUGUAUCAUGCUUCUGAGUAAAGUAAAGUGUUCAGCAGAGUGAUAAUGAAGCACAUUAAAGGUCAGUUUUGAAGCUGUUAGGAGCUGUACGUACCAGAUAGCAGUGCUGAUAAUUAUUGUGGAACAGAGUUUCAAGUGGUGGUUCUCCUUUUACGCCAAGUUUGAAGACCUUGAAAAGCCUGUGACGUUUUCCGAGGACAGUUGUUGUAGCUGUUGGGGCACUAUGGAAUAUGUGUCGGGGUAGUCCCGACCUGGAGGCAUACAAGGAUGUUAGAAUGUGAGGAGAGAGGACUUAGGGACCAGUCAUUAUUUAUGUGGGGGGGUGGGGGGGAUUUUUUUUGUUUUAGCAUGAAAGAAAAAACGUGACCCACCCCUUUAAGCCCAUUAGUUAAUUCUUGACCCACCCCCAUAUAACUUUAUAUAAGAGGUGACCCACCCCCAACCCCCUUCAAUCUAUACUUCUACAAGGAGUUCCUGUUCACUGAACGAAAUCAGCAUAUCUUGUGGACCGGUGUCCUACUCUGCAGCCACUUAUUGUUGAUGUGCCUUCUUGUAUUGUUACAGUAUGACUGUCAUCAUCUGAUUCACUUUCACUUUCACUUUCAUCACACAAAACAAGGUCAUUGUCACUGUCACUCACAUCACUGUCCUCACCAACACUGACGCUUAAAGGAAAUGUAGAUUCCUUUGAAGUUUCAUAAUAGUGUACUGUGAUUCGCUUGAUUUUGUCGAUUUUCUUUCCGUUCUUGCUAAGUUUAUUAUGCUUAAUCUAUUUGUCCAACUCGGGGACUUUCAAAGUGUCAAGCUUCUCUACAAGUGUUUUCCAGUCAUAGCAAUGUACAUCUUUUAAGGCUCGAACUUGCUUUUGUUUUCUUCGCUCUUGCUUACAGAUCUCAUUGACACUUUGCAGUUGCGACAAGUGCACAAUGUAAUUCUUCACCAGUUUUUCAUCUACAAUGAAUUUGGAGGAAAAUUCUGUGAUAGCAUCUGAUGCAUUAAUUGACAACUUCCCUUGGUCAUUCCCUUGAUCCCUUGAUAAUUGCUGCCAAUCAUCUGGAAUACGCUUCUUGCCAUUUUAUCAAUAUUGGAAGAAGUAUGAAUGCUCAAGUAUUCAAAUUCAGGAAGUGCAGAUUGGUCUGGAAUUGGUCUUGGUAUUCUUUCAGUUGCUGGUCCAGUCCAGGCUAUCUCCUCAGGUCCAUCUGUUACACAGCAGUGCUUGCACAAUGAACCAUUUUUUUCUUUACAUGAUCCUUUCAAAAAUUCGGCAUAAAGCUCCCCUGACUCGACAUGCUUUUCAUUGAAUUCCAAGAUUUUACGGAUAUAUGCUGAUCCAGGCAUAUCAUUUCUGUUGUUAAAUGAUUUUUUCAUGUACUCUGAAAGGUAUUCACCAUUAAAAAAGAAAGAGUCUUCUGCAUGUUCUGAAACACUUGCGUGAAUGUAAUCAGACAGAACAGGAGCACCAUCAAUACGUUCACCAUCAAUGACCCACCCCCAAUCAUCGUGAAAUUCUCUUUUGGCCCACCCCUUUUCUCUAAAAAAAAUAGGCCUGGCCCACCCCAUGAUUUUUCCCCCCCACCCCCCCACAUAAAUAAUGACUAGUCCCUUAUGUUGCAUGAGGCAAAAGUAGGGUCAGAAGAAGAGUGCAGUGCUGGCAAUGGAAAUAACAAAACAUCAUUUUUAGUACUGAAUGUAAUGUCCAUUCAAAUGUUUUCCAAAACAUUGAUUACUGAAUGGCUCAAAUUCCUUACCCAACCCAUGGAAAGUUCAAAUUUCCCUUCCCCCUCCCCCAGGUAAGGACUUUUUAAUGUUGAAUUUCAUGCUUCCUGGACCCCCAAAAGUGGCCAAAUGCCCUGGGGGAUUGUGGAUGGGGGUCAAGUUUUGAACUGAUUAGUGCAUUAAAAACUUGUUCAUGUUCAACUUAUGAUUAAGCUUCAUUCUGCUCAACAAUUUUCAACUGUAUCUAUCAAUGUUGCUUGGCAAAUAUUAAUGACUUGCUUUUUUUAAUCCUUUGUCCUUUAAAGGGAAAAUCAAAAGCGAGAAAGUUUCUUGUUAAACGUCAAGUCAAACCUACACUAAGUGGCCACAAGGAAAGUGAUCAUGAGAUUAACAAACCUUUCCCAGAGGAAAAUAAAUGGGGAGUAACAGAAAAUGAUGAAGUAAGAUGUUUUGCUCAUGUUCACAUAUUAUUACAUUGUUAUCAGUUUCAUUUUGCUUUAUUGACCUAAUCAAAACACAGAUGAAACAGGUUCCCCACUUUAAUACCUAACCCAAAGUGAUUACUACAUGCAGUGGUAUGUGUAACACUGCAUGGAGGAUUUUGUUGAGGAGCAAGACAAGUAUCCUUGUUCAAGCAUCAGUUACCCACAACUGUUAGAACUGUCUCCAAAGCAUAGCACUGGAGCCAUUUUGCUUGGGGCUUCGGCUUGGGGCUCCCCCCCCUUCUCUUAUGAAAUUAACAAGAACUACAAAAAACGAUAUUUAAAUAUAACAUUCUAAAAUUUAAAAAAAUGGUAUUUCAGUGAUGGAAAUUAAUACUUAACAAGCCAGGAUUUUCACUCUAGCAAACCUCGACUACAACUAUAACUUCUCAAGAAGGGCGGUUUUGGAAUUAUAAAAAAAAAAAACCGGAGGCUCAUUUCUGAUACCAUACUGGAAGCAGUUUUGUAACCGUUUAGGUCGCAAGAGUGACCAACAUCAAUUUUCCUCUCACAACAUCAGCAGAUCAUCAAGAGUAAAAGGUUAUGAGAAUUACUAAAUUGAUUAAAAAAAGGGAGAAUGCUUUGAUUUUAAACCAAAUUCUCUCAACUAUUCUUAAAAGAAAUGUAUGGAGAUCAGUCUGGAGAAUUUGUAUGUGGAUCUUGGGGCCUAAAGGGUUAACUAAGUAUGAAUUUACUAAUUUUGCAGGACUGCACAGUGUCAGUUGACCAGCGGUCGGAUGUACAUGGUGAAUUCUUGAAGUACGAGUAUCAUAUUGUGUACAGCGACAGCUACAGUGUACCUGUUUUGUAUUUUACUGCUUGCAGACAUGGUUUGUAUUUUGGUUAACGAAGUGCAUAGCCUUAAUUUUAAUCCUAGCUCCCAGAAAAAUAUUGUCAAUACCUCUGCAUAUCACUGCAUGUACCACCCAUUCUUAUUAAAUCUGCUUGAAAUCAUUUGGUGAAAAUUUUUGAGACCCUUACCCCUUCACACAAAAUUGGUCAUCAUAGCCCCACCCAUGCCUAAAAAUUAUUCACCACAUCAAUGUAGUAUUCAUGUAAAGAAUUAUCCUCAUUGCUUCUACCAUGAAUAUAAACUUGACAGUUGGCAGUACUUGCUGUUAGUAGUUGUUCUAAUUAAGUUUGAUAUAAUCCGCGGAAAAAGGACAUGAUUAAAUGGUCAGGGGAAUGCUCUUUUAUGUAUUAAUUUAUUUGGUGAUUUCUUUGUGUUCCAUUCACAUUCCAUUAGCACAUAUUUUACCGAUUCAUUGUGAGCUUUUUUCUAGGGGUCAGCUGAGUAAAACUUUUACAAGUGAUGUUGUUGUUUCAGAGUCUGAAAACCAAUACCUGCAUUUUCUUGUAAAUUACACUUCUAACAUUCAAUCAAUUACCCUUUGACAGUAUCACCUCUCAAUGAACCUUUCUUGCUCAGGAGCUCCGCCCCUGCUUGCUUAGCUCCUCUGGCCUUAGAAUCACACCUCCCUCCCACCUCAGCAAGGUGAUGGCAGUGAGUGUAUGCAACAGGAUGGCAGGAAGAAGAGGACCGGAAAACGGUUGUGCGUGACAAACGUGACAGGGCUAUUACUUGCAUGUUUUGUCAUGAUCUUCAAUUACAUUUAUGUUUUCUGGUCUUUUACAAAAAUAUAUGUUCAAAGGAGAGUGAAGUUUGGCAAAAAGUUAUUUCAAACAAAAUUAUAGUUGUGAAUGCUUGUCACACAAGGUUUCCUGUUUUGUUGCGUAAGUUCACUUGGCUCAAUAAAAAUCUAUUUGUAAUUGUCUCUGUUUAUGAUAACUUGUUGUUGUCUAAUUACUAGUGUACUUUGUAAUUUAAAUUAUUAGGAAAACGUUGAACUUACCUGCUGGUAUAAGACUCCAAAUUAAUAUUGUCUUGUGUUGUCUAGACUCAAUAUAAGGAGGUUUAAGUCUGUGUUAAAAUUUGUAUUAUACAUUGCAGAUGGUAGACUAUUAAGUCUGAAGGAAGUUUGGGAGAAUGUACCAGACAUUUAUCAUGACAGACUUGAGUAUGAAAAGUGGACCUUUCUAACCCAACAGGUGGGUAUUACUUUGUCAGGUUGAUUCACACAGAUGCUCUCCCUGCUUCUCAGGAAAACCAACAGUGCCCCCUUUACCCAAACUAUGUUGUUCUUUGUUGAUUAAGGUCAAUAUUAGGUAGGGCAUCUUUUAGAAAAAUUAAUAUAAUUAAUCAUGAUGUGCAUGUUAAAGCAAGGUCUUAGAAAGUUGCACAUAUUCUACAACAUUAAACAGGGGGAGGGGAGGAAGUACUGCUGUAAGCCGUUGACUGAGAUACAUGUAGUGCAAAGAAAUGGAUGCGUAACUUGGUAACAGUGAAGUGGAAAAUCAAAACGACUCACUUCGCUUUUAGUAAGACAUUGCAUAGCAUUAAUAAAAAAUAAAUUACGCAAGCACAAAGUCAUAGUAAAGAAAACCUCCAAUACCUACAAUGUAGUCUGGGGCGGACCCAGGAUUGGACGAAGGGGGGUUCGGAUAAACGCCCGCGGAAGGCAGUAGCCCCAAGGGGGGCAAUUUGAAGUGGCAUAAUUGCUCUAAAGUCACCUCCAUUUUUGUGCUAACUACAGUAGUUUAAAGGAUGGAUUUUCUUAACACUGACAAUAAUUGAGACGGAUAAACAUUUUAAAUUCAUUCAAAUUAAAAAUUCAUGAUUUCUCAAAAAUGGGAUCAGCCAGCAACAUUCUCAGGGGUUGCUGUUCUGCAAAUUUCUUUACAACAGCAUCAUAAUCCACGGGUUUCUUGUGGUGAAUAUUCAUGAGCGCCAAGCCAGACAAUCUUUCUGUCGUCAUGGUGGUCCACAGGUAGCCUUUAACCAGCUUUAAGGUACUGUUUGCCCGCUCGUUGUCAGCUGAAGUGAAGUCACUGGAAUAGUGCAUGCAAUGCGCAGCAAACAGUGGAUGUUGGGGAAAAUGUCUGCAUCACAGGCCUAAGAUAACAAAAAAGAAAUAGUUCAGUUUAAUUUGAAAGGCGAACAUUAAAAAACAAAAACAUUAAGUUCUGUAGCUCUAAUGCAGGUUGAAGUGCGUCUGGUUGGCUUCUUUCUGACUGCCACUUUCUCGUCCAUCGAUGGUACUCGACAUCCAGAGUUUGAGGGUUUGGCAGGUUUGAGCUGUACAUCUCUGAAACCGCAUCAAUGUUUGCAUCUGUGCGUGACAUGGUGAUGCUUGGAACUAGACCAAGUAACUGCACAGCAGUCUUCUGAGUAUUACUAGAACAAUUCAAAAUAUAACCACUGAUGAGAAUUUGCGUAUUUGUACUCUGUUGUACUUUGUGUAGUGUGACUGUUAUAACUGGAGAAGAGUAAAGGAACAGCUAAGUAAUCUGAUCACUUUAAAGGGACCCCGUCCUGAAGGUUGUCUUAUUUUGCAAACAACGUAUGUAAAAUGUCAUGAAGACCUGAUUAAAACAUAUUACCUUGAAGACAUCUCUUGUGUAAUAUGGUCAAGAAAAGGAACAAACAGAUUACGACGGUAACAUUCCUCAGGAGUGUCAUGGGGUGCAUUUGCCCAGUGCUGCUGUCUUGAGGCUGUUUUCGGAACGCUGGGCUCGGUACCUAGGUCUAAACUGAGCUUGACAGCAUUGGAAUACCAUCUUUUGAACACAGCUUCAGCCUCGUCUCUCUUUUCGUUCAACUCUUUCUCAGUCUCUGAUAUCAUACAGUAUGACUUCACGAUGUCAUUGGAUUUCUUUUGCAGUUUAAUGCUAAUCGGCUUAAUGACUGCCAAAGUUUUCAUGGUGACUAUUAACGCAAUGAGAAACUGGAAAGAACAACAUGUGGGGUAGAAGCCAUUUGCCUUCUGGAGAGUCUCUCUGUCCCAGUUCCAAGGUGUUUCAGUACUGUAUUGUUUGUGCUGCUGUUCGUCCAAAAUGACCUCAAAGGUUUUAACAAUCGACGGAAGUAACAGCGUGAACGUUGUGUAUGCCUCGUGACGUUCAACCCAACGAGUACGGCAGAGGUCGCGGAUUACUUUCUCCAAGCACCUCUGCUGCUUUGGAGAAUAAUUGAAAAAAUGUGAAAUCUCACCAUAUAUGCACGAAGUUCUGGAUAAUUAAACUAUUGAAAAUGGUGAAAUCCAUCCGAUACAACUGCGUGAUAUGCAAGAAAUUAGACAAGAGAUUAAGCGAACAGAUUAUGGGAAAGUUACCGGUGGAAAGACUGAAGCCAUCACCUGCAUGGAGCUGCACAGCUAUUGAUCUCUUUGGUCCGUUCAAAAUUAAAGACAAGGUGAAGAAAAGAACUAUUGGGAAGACAUAUGGUGUGAUAUUUAACUGCUUGGCUACCCGUGCCGUUCACGUAGAUCUAGCCGCGGAUUACAGCACUGAAAAAUUUCUCAUGGUCCUCAGAAGAUUUGUAUCAAUUAGAGGUUUCCCCUUCAAACUUUAUUCAGACAAUGGCCCUCAACUGGUCGCCGCAAACGAAGAACUAAAAAAUGUAGUUAAGGGUUGGAACCAAGAGGAACUCAAAACAUUUGGCGUGAUGGAAGGAUUCAAAUGGGAUUUUGCGCCAGCUGAUGCACCAUGGCAAAACGGAGUUUCUGAAGCAUUGGUCAAGUCCAUAAAACGAGCAAUAACAGCAGCAAUCAGUGAUCAUGUUUUGACAUUUUCCGAACUGCAAACUGUUUGCUUUGAAGCGGCAAAUCUUGUGAAUGAAAGACCAAUCGGAAGACACCCUACCUCACCUCAUGAUGGAACGUACCUCUGUCCCAAUGAUUUAUUGCUAGGAAGAGCGACAUCAAGAGUACCAAGUGGACCCUUUCGAGAGACUUCAGAUUUCCGCCGUAGAUUUGAAUUCGUUCAAAGUAUCGUGAACUAUUUCUGGAAGAAGUGGACCAGAGAUUACUUUCCAAGUUUACUUAUUCAGCCAAAGUGGCACACUGCACAGCGAAAUCUUCGUGAAGGCGAUGUAGUGCUUAUCCAAGACGCAAACCAGAUAAGAGGACAAUGGAAGCUUGGGACUGUGCUUAAAGCCUUUCCUGGAGGAGAUGGUAGAGUAAGGAAAGUUCAAGUGCAGUACAAAAAUCCAAAACCAGGAGAAGCUGUCAACGAGUACCAUGGCAGAGGUUUUGUUACCGUUGAACGAGCAGUAAACAAAUUGGUUGUUUUGAUACCAAAGGAAGAAGAUAAAGACACAAAAAAUUGAACUACUACUAAUUUUUCUGAAAUUGAAAUACUCUACGUGAAACUGGACUUGAAAUAAAUUUUGUCUUUGUAAUGUAACUUUCCUUUUCGAGUGGCGGGGGAGUGUUUCGGUAUAACACGAAAUUCAUGCGUGAUAUAAUCACGACUAAUGACAUGACGUAACAAUCGUUGAUUAGUAAGAUCAUUACUACUAGUUGCGAAACUUGAGAGACACCAACUGGUAUGUGAAUAUUAUUCUUAUUUACGGUUUGUUUUAAUAUUUCUUGACUGAUUGUAGUUCCUGUUAAUAUCUCUACGUAGAUUUCGAAUUCUUUAUAUCUUCUGUAUUUCUGUACAUUUUGGACGAAAUAAACCAUGUGCAGUAUUUGAAACCUUGGCGAUUCUCAGUUAGCAGUACAGUUAUAGUGCCAGCCUUGUUGCGAACUGAUGGUAAGCUACAUGCUUUUACUAUAACGAGAUUCAGUACAUGGGAAUUGCAGUGCACAUACAGGGCCUUGGGGUUUUUCUAUGCUAUUAAGCCUUGCUGUGCUCUAGCAGAGCCUGGUGGCCCUUGGCGCCUAACUUUUGCUCUCGGGCGAUUAGAAAAUCUUACUUUCUUCAUACAAAUCAUAUAUGCUGGGCACCCUAGAUUUUACCUAUUCAGAAUUCUGUGCUUCCCUCAAUUUUCCUUAGAGCACAGCCUUGUAAUGUAUGUCACCUGCCAUUUAAUUAUUUGUUUUUUUGUAGAGCCUACUAAUCAUUUCUCUCUUGGUAUAGGAACACCCUUACCUUGGGGUUCCAUUCUACCAGCUUCAUCCUUGCCACACUGCAGACAUGAUGAAGAGGGCAUUAAGUAUUGACUCAGACAGGUACAGUAUGUAGUGUUGUGGACCUCUUUUCCAUAGAGAAUGGCUUUUUCACCACUGUCUGAUCUUAUAGCUUCUUUUUUGAAAAAGGAAGCAGAAAGGAAUCCUUCUUUAAUUUCCCAAUUCAGACCAUGUGAUCUUCUUAAAGGAAUUUUCUAAAUUAUGCAUGGCUUUAUUUUAAUUUAUACAUACAUGCAUUGAAAGAAAAAGCUCUCCAGGAUAACAUCACUUGUUUGGUGUCAGAAAACAACACAUAAUAAUUGCGUUAUUUUGAGUGCAAUUUGCAAUGCCCCAGUAUGUUUACAAUAAUUGAAAAAUAUCUACUAUGGCCUAAGAUUACAAUAUUUAUCAAUAUGCUGUUAAAUAUACUUAAAUUAAUUUCAAAGUGAAAUGGUGUAAUUACAGAAUUAAUACAGGAAAAGACUACCAGUCGCAAUGAAAGUUAAAAAAUAUUUUAUAUAUAUUAAUAGCGUGGUAAAAAAAAUAAAAUACACCAUAUGAGAUAGCAAUUAUGCCAUAUGAGUUAGUUUAUCAAUAAGAUAAUUGUGCCAGAUAAAAAUAAGUGUGUCCAGGAAGCUUAUAGCUAGGGCUGGGUUUCAUUAACCUGUAGCUGAAGAACAGCCAGCAUGGCAGGCAUUCAAGGGGGAGGGGAAAGAAGAGAAAAGGAAGCCAUGCGUAGGGGCUACUGACGGAGAUGAAGUAAUUAUCAUAACAAAGCUUGAUAUUAAAUAAUCAUAAUCUUUUCUCCACAGGCCUCUUAAUUAUCUUAUCACAUGGUUAAGCACAGUCGGCCCAGUCGUGGGCCUCAAUCUUCCUUUGGCAUACUCAGUUUAGUGCUCAAUGGCAAUAGAAUACAUGGAGCAGUUGGUAGAAGUCAUGAACUAUUGGAAUGAUUUAAAGAGGCCAAACAGUUUUUCAAGGAUUUAAGUCCAAAUAUUAUUAAAAAUAAAAGAUUCAUGUAAAUAUUUUUGUAGC